AUGGCCACUUUGGAAGGUGAAACCUGCAGAAGAUCCAGAACUUUUAAGAAGAUACAAAAAGGUUACACUGGAGCAUAUCCAAAGCAAUCUUCCAUUCCUUAUAAAUUUCGGACCAUAGUAAUCCCGGAUGCAGAAAGAAAAGGAUUUAACAGUCAAAGCAAAAGAUUUUAUAGUAAACUGGAUGAAAACCCAGGUCCAGGUUUCUACAACGUCAUUCACCAGUCUCCAGAGUUCAACAGUGUCUCACUGUCAAAGAAAGGGACAGUAGGUUUUCCAUCUUCGGAUGGCCGACUGCCCAUGAAGAUUCCCGAUUACCCUGCAGCCAAUGCCUACAACCUUCCGUCCAGUUUGAUUUCGAAGAAAGACUUUAGCAAUGCAUGCUCUCACAUGUUCCACCCUCCCUUUUGUGAGAAAAUCUCCAAAUGGCUCACCCCAGCACCCAAUCAUUAUAAUACCACAGUAUUUCUCAACAAGGAACGGGAUAAUUUGUGUAUUCCUGCUGCUCGGGCUGGGUUUUUGUCCAACACCCCAAGGGGGUUUACACCUACUAGACAAAAGCGGGUACCUUCCCCAGGGCAUUACGAGGUUAAUGAGACCCUGGUGAAGGAGGCCCCUAAGCUUCUCGGGUGUGGUUUCAAGUCAAAAACUGUUCGAGAAACGAAGAUAACAUCUUUUGUCCCUGGGCCCGGCUCCUACGAUCCUAAUGUACCCAUCAAAGCUCCCCCAAGGAAGAGCAUUACCCCGAAAAAGUACACACUGACCUUCUCUGCAUUCCCACUGCCCCCUCUGCCAAAGCCUCUUGUUCCAGGCCCUGGUCAAUAUGAUAUUGUGAACUAUGAAGGCCCCUCCAAGCAUUACAUCUCCAGUGCCACGUUUGUGUCCAACACGAGUCGGUGGUCAGUGAACACGGGCAAGAAUAGUCUUCCGGGGCCAAGUACUUACAAUCCCGAAUUCCCUGGAAAACAGUCCUUCAUCUACAACAGUGACAAGAAAUGGAUCCCUGUUUUAUAA